AUGAACCGCAACACUUCCCCUCAGUCGGCCGCUUUCACGACCGAGAUAUCCUUCAGCCGUCACAUCUCGGCUGAGACCAGCGAUAGACCAAUCAGGCUCAGAAAAGAGGCCGAGAGGGAGCUCGAAGCCAAUCACAGCCGUCAAAUUCUGCUGCCGGCAGGUCCAGCUCCACGGAUAGUUUCUACUUCCACUGCUGCCAUGCAUCACGGCUUGAUUGCUCGGAGGAUGCCGUAG